ACAGUCGACAUUUUGCAUCAGUCAUAUAGUCCAGUUAAAUAAGUCCUUGGAAGCUUCACAUCUCUGGGGUCUGGGGGAGAUGAGGGGACGGGGAAGGCGCCAGAGUGGUGGUCCACACAGAAUAUCGGCAGCUAAGAAGCUGGGCAACGCUGCCUGGGAGAUUGGCUCCGGAACCAGGGCCACCAUAUCGGGGGCGGUCUCCUCUCUCAGCGGCACUGUUAGGCCUCGCCCACAGCGUCCGUUUGCAACCUCGCUGAGGUGCAGGACUGAGGUUGGUGUGACUUUUGCGGACAUUGCUCUGUACUUCUCUAAGAAAGAAUGGUACCUCCUUGAUGAGGAUCAGAGACUCCUGUACCUGGAUGUGAUGCUGGAGAACUUUGAACUUGUAUCCUCACUGGGUUGCUGCUGUGGAGCAGAGGAUGUGAAAGCAUCAAAUGAAGAAAAUGUUUCUAUAGAAGUGCCACAGGCAAAGAAACCCAAUAUACCUUUUUCUCCCUGGCGUUGCCACCCCUGUGAGAAUUGUGGGCCAGUCUUGAAAGACAUUUUUCACUGUAUUGACCAGCAGGAAACACAACACAAACAAAAACCGUUGAGAUGUGGAGCAUGUGGAAAACAAUUUUAUUUCAGUACAAAGUGGCAGCCUCACCACAUGAGAGAGAAGCCUUUCAUGAGAAGUGUGGACGGGAUGUCACUUGCAAAAAAUUGCAGUUUUAAUGUGUCCCAGAAGCUUUUUACCUGUGGGAACUUUGGGCAGGACAUUCUUACCAGGUCAGGACAUCUCCAACAACAGGCUACUCAAAGUGGGGACAGGCCAAAUGAUAUCUUGACAUCUGGAGUGACUCCUCGAAGCAGGAAAAAUCAUUACACGCUGAAUGAGUAUAAGAAAGCAAGUGGCUGCAACCACACAUUUCUCGAGAACAAAGGUGUUCCUACUGGGACACAAUGUUUUGUAUGUCAUCAAGGUGGAAAAUAUUUUACCAGUAUUUCUAGUUUACAUUAUCGUCAGAGAGUUCACACUGGAAAACGACCCCAUGAGGGCAGUGAGUGUCUGAAAUCUUUUAGCAGGCUAUAUUACCUUCAUUUACAUCAUGGAGUUCACACUGGGGGACGGAAUUAUGAAUGCAGUGAAAUCGGGAAAUCUUUAAUCACUAGUACUAGCCUUCGUUAUCAUCACAGUGUUCACACAGUAGAAAAGCUUUAUGAAUGCAUUGAAUGUGGGAAAUCUUUUACCACUAGCACAAGCCUCCAAGAUCAUAAGAGAUUUCACACUGCGGAAAAGCUUUAUAAGUGCAAUGAAUGUGGGAAAUCUUUUACCAGAAUUAAUCACCUUCAUUGUCAUCAAAGAGUCCACACAGGAGAAAGGCCUUAUGAAUGCAGUGAAUGUUGGAAAUCUUUUACCACAGUUGGUGAUUUUCAUCGUCAUCAGAGAGUUCACACAGGAGAAAGGCCUUAUGAAUGCAGUGAAUGUGGGAAAUCUUUUACCACUAGCACUAACCUCCGUUAUCAUCAAAUCUUUCACACAGGGGAAAGGCCUUAUGAGUGCAUUGAAUGUGGGAAAUCUUUUACAACUAGCACUAGCCUCCGUUAUCAUCAGAGAAAUCACACUGGAGAAAGGCCUUAUCAUUGCAGUGAAUGUGGGAAAUCUUUUACAAGAAUGUAUCAUCUUUGUUGUCAUCAGAGAGUUCACACAGGAGAAAGGCCUUAUGAGUGCAGUGAUUGUGGGAAAUCUUUUACAACUAGCACUAGUCUCAGAUAUCAUCAGAGAUUUCACACAGGAGAAAGGCCUUAUCAUUGCAGUGAAUGUGGAAAAUCUUUUACCAGAAUUAAUCACCUUCAUUGUCAUCAGAGAGUUCACACUGGAGAAAGGCCUUAUGAAUGCAGUGAAUGUGGCAAAUCUUUUACCACUAGCACCAGGCUCCGUGUUCAUCAGAGAGUUCACACAGGAGAAAGGCCUUAUCAGUGCAGGGAAUGUGAGAAAUGUUUUAGCACUAGCACUAACCUCCGUGUUCAUCUGAGAGUUCACACAGGAGAAAGGCCUUAUUGUUGCAGUGAAUGUGGAAAAUCUUUUACCAGAAUUGAUAUUCUUCGUUAUCAUCAGAGGGUUCACACAUGAGAAAGGCCUUAUAAAUGCAGAGAAUGUGGGAAAUCUUACAGUUGCACUACGUAUCGUUAUAGUUAUAAUCAGAUGUUGAAAUCUUUCAACAAAAAUUAUAACAUUCUCAGUACAUGACUUCACAUGGAGGGUUAUCUUAGAAGGGUAGGAAUUGUACAGAUUCUUCUUUUUUAAUGUUAAUAAUGCCAAAAGAAAUUAUUUUAAACCUUGUUCAUCUGAGUCAAAUCAUAUAAAGCUAAUCAUGUACAUAGAGAGGUUCUGCAUAGAUUUUUUUCUGCUACAUUUCUGUUUUUCUCUGUACAUUUUAUUAUUUAUUUUUUAAACAUUUUAUUGAUUAUGCUAUUAGAGUUCUAUUUUUUCUCCCAAUUAUUACCCUCCAUCCUGUACCCCCACCUGCACCAGUAUGCUCCCCCUUAAUUCAUGUCCAUGGGUCGUACAUGUGUUUUGUCUUCUACAUUUCCUAUACUAUUCUUAACCUCCUCAUGUCUAAUUUGUACCUACUAAUUAUGCUUUGUAUUCCCUGUACCUUUUCCCCCAUUCUCCCUCUUCCCAUUCCCUGCUGUUAUUCCUCCAUGUGAUCUCCAUUUCUGUGCUUCUAUUCCUGUUCUAGUUGUUUUCUUAGGUUUUGUUUUUUCAGUUCAGUUGUUGGUUGUGAGUUUGUUGUCAUUUUACUUUUCAUGGUUUUUUAUCUUUUUCUUAAAUACAUCCCUUUAACAUUUCAUAUAAUAAGGGCUUGGUGAUAAUGAACUCCUUUAACUUGAUGUUAUUUGGGAAGCACUUUAUUGGUCCUUCCAUUCUAAAUGAAAGCUUUGCUGGAUUGAGUAAUCUUGGAUGUAGAUUCUUGCCUUUCAUGUCUUCGAAUACUGCUUUCCAGCCCCUUCUUGCCUGUAAGGUUUCUGUUGAGAAAUCAGCUGAUUGUCUUAUAGGAACUCCUUUGUAGGUAACUGUCUCCUUUAUUCUUGCUGCUUUUACGAUUCUUUAUCUUUAAUCUUGGCUAAUGUAAUUAUGAUGUUCCUUGAUAUGUACUUCCUUGGGUUCAGUUUCUUUUGGCCUCUCUGAGCUACCUGGACUUCCUGGAAGUCUUACUUCUUUUGCCAGAUUGGGAAAGUUCUCCAUUAUUAUUUCAAAUAAGUUUUCAGUUUCUUCUUUACUUCUGGCAUGCUUAUUAUGAUUCAGAUGUUGGAAUGCUUAUAGUUUUCCUGGAUGUUCCUAAACCUCUCCUCAUCGUUUUUGAAUUCUUGUUUUCUCAUUUUGUCUGGUGGAAUGUUUAUUUCUUCCUUCUGCUUCAAAUUGUUUAUUUGAAUCCCAGUUUCCUUAACGUCACUGUUGGUUCCCUGUAUAUUUUUCUUUAUUUCAGUUUACAUAGCUUUCACUUUUUCCUCUAGUUUUUGACCAUACUCAAUCAUUUCCGUGUGUAUCCUAAUUACCAGUGUUUUGAACUGUGCAUCUGACAGGUUGACUAUCUCUUCAUUGCUUAGUUCUAUUUUUGGAGCUUUGAACUGUUCUUUCAUUUGGGCCAUAUAUUUUUUGUCUUGGCAUGCCUGUUACUUUGUAAGGGGUGAAGCCUUUGGUGUUGGAGGAGAUAGCCCAGGUCACUGCAUUGUAGCACUGUAUGUGGAGGAGGGGUCUGGCAGGGAACAAUGCUGCUGUUCAUCUCUCAGCUGGCUUCUAUCACUUCCCUUGCUACCCAGAAGCAAAUUGGGCCAUUCUGGUUCUGAUUCCCAGGUGGGUGGGCUUGUGUACAUUUUAGGACCCUAUGGAUCUCUCCAGUAAACUCUUGUGACACUGGGAGUUUCUUUUGCUUUCGCAACCCCCAGAGUUUUUACAGCCAGAGGUUUUGAGGCUGUAUCCUGCGCUGGGACCCUGGCUUGUGUAGUCUGUUUUGCUCCCCAGUUGUUCCUCCCAGUUUAUCUACUUUCAAAUGUGGGGCCUCUAGCCUUCGCCUGACCAUACGUCCUCUGCCCUGGCUUCCUGUCUUCACCCCUCCUACCAGUUUGAGUAAAUGUUUCUUAACUUUUAAUUCCUUGGUUGUCGGACUUCCAUGGAGUUCAGUUUUCUGGUACUUCUGGUUGUUUUUUUGCUUUUAAAUUUUUUGUCCUUUUGUUUGUGUGAGGAGGCAAAGUGUAUCUAUCUAUGUCUCUAUCUUGUCUCUGUCCAUUUUAAAUUCCACAGCUACAUAAUUUUAAUUGUGUGGGAAGCCUGUGUGUCCACGUUGCACUUUUCAGUUUACCCAGGUAUCUUGCCAGAUAUCUCCAUGUCAUUCCAUAUUUCUGUUGCUGAAGAUUUUUUAAAUUUUAUUUUAUUUAUUUUUGGAGUUGAGGGGGGGAGAGAGAGAUAGAGAAGAAAGGCAAAUCAAUGAAAGGGAGAUACAUUGUUUGGUUGCCUCUCAAACAACCUCUCUGGGACCUGUCUAGCAACCUAGAGCUGGGACAGAGCUGGCAACAUGUAGGUUCACAGGCCAGCACUCAACCCAUUGAGCUGCACCAGCCAGGGCAAAAAAAAAUUAGGAGUAGGCUAACCUAUUUUUAGAUUCUCAUUCCUUUGUCACUCACUAGUUGACACACUUUUAGCCCAGAGAAUACCAUCUGAGUUUAGCUGUCAGCUUGCAGAAGGCCUGUUUGUUAUUUUCAGGGGUGUGCUCUUACCAGGUAUCAGUAAUAAAUUUCUGAGUGUUCACAUCACCCCUGCAAGAACUGCCAUGCUUCCUUCUUUUUGGAUUGUAAGAUAAUGAAGGCCUUUUUUUUUCUAAAUUCUUUGGGUGUUCUAUGUAUUGUCUGGUAUAGCUUAUAAGCAGAUUUGUGCCCUACAGGCAUGAAGUGGUGAACAAUUAUACAUGUCUCAAACUUUCUCUUACUCCAUGGAUACAGUUUGUUGCAGAAAUUAAUUCACAAGUUUUUCUCAAACUUGAAUUUCUUCUCAUAACCACCUAGUGGGCUCUCUAGUGUUCAUGAGAGGUCUAAAUGCUAUGAGUUUUAGGAGACACAGAUCACUCCAAGAAGGGGUAGCUAAGACAACCUAAAGUAUGUAUAGAUACAGCAUGAAUUUUUCCUUUGCAAAGGAUACCAAUAUUUUGGAGAAAAUCUGGCUCAGGUUUUGCAAAGGGUUAUAAGUGUCAUACAGUUGCAUGGAUGAUAAUCACUAGUAGCUCCACAGGGAUUAAGGGAAGCUGAUUGCAACAGAAACACUGGCCUAAAUAGGUGCUUGAAGAGACUGAACCUACCUAGAAGGAAUGUGUCUCUUCUAAGUAGUAAGUAAAAUUUUUUCAAAAAUUUGAGGAUUUUGGUCAUUUAUGAGAUGUUAAUCUCAAAGCUAUUGGUACCCUAGCAGAAAAGAAAAAUAAAGGAUGUCUUUAGUUGAGGGAUGUCAUUUCAUGAUCCACCCAGCAAUCUUGCUGUUUUUAUGACAGUUUUUUUUAAUUAGCUAUGUUUGCUGUCACUGAGGCAAAGUCUCUCCCAGGGGUCAUGAGAACAUGCAUUCAAUAUAGACUUGCCAAACCUAUUUUCGAAAGGUAUUAUACAAAGUUUCCAAAUAUUGAUUCAUUUUUAAAAGCUUUAAUUUCAUAUGAAGUAUGACAUUUAGUGAGCCUUCACAUAUACUUAAAACUGGUAUCGUCACCAUAGUCAUAAUACUGAUUGUAUUUGUCCCUGGGAAUUUACUUAGUGGCCUUUUUUAUUUCUUCCACCUCUUCACCUGUCUGUAAGUAAACAUUGAUUUACAUUUCCAUAUAUAUUUAGAGAUUUUUAAUGUUAGUAGUUUAUCUGUUUGGCUGAGGAAUAUCAUUGCUAAACCAUUGCAGAAAGGCCUUGUGAAUGCAGUGAAUAUGGGAAGUAUUUCAGACGAAAGUGUGAACUGUGUUCUUACCAGAGUACUCACACUGGACAGAGUCCUUAGAAUGCAGUGAAUGUCGAAAAUCUUUCACCAUAGUACUAUCCUCCAUUAUCAUCUGGUAUUUCACAUAGGAGAAAGGCCUUAUGAGUGCAGUGAAUGUGAGAAAUCUUUCAUUCAAAAGCAGCAACUUCAUUGUCAUCAGAGAGUUCACACAGGAGAAAGGCCUUAUAAGUGCAGUUAAUGUGGGAAAUCUUUAGCCAAAUUUCUAAUCUUCCUCUGCACAUAAGAACUUAUAUGGGGGAGGGGGGAAGGUCUUAGAUGUGUAGGAAAGGUAUACCAGUUUUUUUCCCAUGUUAAUAAUACUGUAGGAAACUAUGGAGCCUUGUUUGUGUGAAUCAAAUAUCAUACAGCCAAACAUGAAGAGUAGGGAGGUGCCCUAUAAUUUUUUUUAUAUGUGAAGCAGGUGUGUCCAUGUCACACUUACUUUACCCAUGUCUCCAGAUUCAUGUCAGUUCAGAUUUCUGUGCUGAAGAUAUUUCACCUACAGCGCCGAUAGGGUUCUGAGAGAUGUCUGAGACAUUAUCCUAAUGUGCUCAGAAAAGGUGACUGUUAACUGAUUUGUGAGGUAAAAGUAGGAGUAGCCUAACUUCAGGGCUUUAUUCCUUCCACUCCUACUAAUUGGCGCAGACCUGACUCAGCUUUGGCCCAGAAAAAGUUAUCUGAGUUCAGCUGUCAGUUUGCAGAAGGGUGGCCUUUUUUUGGGACAUGCUUUUUUUAUAUACCAGUGAUGAUUUUUUUAAUUCCCAAGUCUCCAAUACAAGAACUGCCAAGAUAAUACCCCUUUGGUUUGUAAAAUAAUCAAGGCCUUUUUUAAAUAGUCUUCUUUAAUCUUGGGUGUUGUAUUAUUGUGUGUGGUAGUUAAUAACAGUUUUUGGUCCUACAAGCAUAAAGACGUGGACAACUUUUAUAUGUGUCUCAACCCUUUUUUUUUUUUUUUUUUUUUGCCUCCGUGGGGACAAUUUUUGCUACAGAAAUUAACAUGGCAGUUUUUUUUUCCUGGCUUUCAUUCCUGCUCAUAUCCACCCAGGCAAGAAGACUGUGGGCUCUCUAGUUCUCGUGAGAAGCCUCAAUGCUGUGAGUUUCAGGAGACAGAUCACUCCAAAGAGGGCAUAGGUAUGACAAUCUCAAGUACAUCUGGGAGCAGCAUGAAUUUUUUUUUUCUUGUAAAGGACACCAAUACUUUUGAAGGGAGUCUCUGGUCCAGGUCUUCCAAAUACCAUGUGCUAUAAUGUCUGCAAUUCCAUAGAUGAUGGUGGUUAAUUGCAGCAACUACAGCUCUGGGGAAAUGAGCAUAAUAGAAACACUGGCCUAAUAGGUGCUGGAGGAGACUGCAGCCAACUAGAUGGAAUGUGCAUUUUCUCAGCGUGCAUCUAGAAAAUAUUUUGAGAAAAAGACUGCAAGAUCAGUUUGUGUACAAAUCUCAGGAUCUGCAUGAAUAUUUAUCUUCUGCUGAUUCAGUCAUUUCCAUGAAAUAUAAUCAAAAGGUUCUCUGGCCCUGGCGAGAUAGCUCAGUUGGUUUGAGUGUCAUCUUGAUAUGCCAUGGUUCUGAUUUUGAAAUCUUGUCUGGGCACAUACCAGAAGCAAUGAAUAAAUCCACACAUAAGUGGAAAAACAAAUCCAGAUUCAUCCCCCCCCCCAUUUCUCAAAUCAAUAAAAAAAUUUUUUUAAUGUGGGUUUCUGUCUGCUGUCAUGUUCUUUUCAGAGUCACUGGUGCCCUGGUAGAAAGAAAAAUAAAGUUGAGUGAUGUUGCAACUUUGACCCAGCCAGUUGUUUGUUUCAGUGAGUUUUUAUUAUUGGUUGUACUUGCUUUCACUGAGGCAAAGUCUCAUCCUGAGCACAUGAGAAAGUUUCGAGUAGAGACUUGCCAACCUAUUUUCAAAAAGAGUUGGGCAUAUAUAUUUAAAGUCUUGUACCAUGUUUAAUAAGCUUUAAGUAGUAAAUGUAUUUCAAGUAUAUUUGAUUUGUCUUCACUUAUACAUGAUUCUAAAGCCAUCACUAUAUUGUCAUAAUACUGUCCUUUUUCGUCACGGAGACUUUACCUCAUGGCCAAUUCAAUCUCUCAGCCUUUCACAGCUCUGUAAAUAAACAUUGAUUUAUAUUUCAUUGUAAUAACAGAGUAACAGUAUUUUUCUGCUUCCUUUUACAUUGCAUUUAUAUUUGAAGAAGAGUAUAUUAGUAACUCAUCUGGUUUUUCUGAGAAAUUUUUUAAAAGAUUUUAUUUAUUUUUAGAGAAAGGGAUGGAGAAAGAGAGGGAGGAAACAACCAAUGUGUGGUUGCCUCUAGAUCGCCCCCAACUGGAGACAUGGCCCACAAUCCAGUCAUGUGCCCUGACUGGCAAUCAAAUCAGACUCUUUGGUUUGCAGGCUGGCACUCAAUCCAACCCCUCUAUUCUUAUCUAUGAAGUUAGUACAAUGAAUUUAUCCAUUCAAAAUGAUUAUUUCUAAUUUUUUAGUUUAAAUUGUGUAUAAUUUCUAUGUGGACAUUAAUUUCAUAUACCUUUGUCAAUAACUCAGCGCACAAUCUGAGUUGUAGACUAGGUGAAUGUUUAAGCUAUAGAGAUAAUGAAUUUGUGAUCUAAACUAAUUGUACCUUUUUGUUUCCUUCCAGCAGUGUGUAAGAGAUUUAUUUUCUUUACAUGUUAAUAUUUGAUUGGUAAAUUGUUUUGUAUUAAAAGUUGUUUUUAAACA